UCUCGUCUCCUCACAAUUUGCAUGAUCGGUCUAGCUUAUCAACUGAUCCAGUGCUGCAUGUGUGUCCGAGAGAAAAAAAAAAAGAGAAGGCCGAUAAAAUGGAAAAUAUAUUAUCAAACUGGGUGAAGUUGUUACCAAGAAUGAGAAAGAGGGAGAUCUAUGAUCAGGGCCAUAAGGGCCACGAAGUCUUUGUAUCUUAGCAGUUGCACAGCUACGCUGGAAGACUUUGACUGAUGACUCCUGUCGCUAGAGAACAAGAUUUCAGGACUUGCAUUGACAUUUUCCACAGUUCAACAAUUCUGUGGAUAAGUAUUUAUUCACGGAACAGCAGAUGCCUGCUUCGUCUACUACCUUUGAUCUCCUCAGUGCUUCAUCAUCUCUGAUAGCUAAUUGAACUCCAUUUACCUGAAGUGAAUGGAUAGAAGGCUUUACGAGACCUGCAUCAAAGGCAAUGUUGAUGCAUUGGAUGAGUUAGUCAGGGAAGAUGAGCUCAUACUCGAUCAAGUGACAACCCAGUCCCUGCAGACGCCAUUGCACCUUGCUACUCUAUUUGGGCAUCUCAACUUGGUGGCCGCGAUCCUCAUGCUCCGGCCAACGAUGGUGGGUGCAGAGAAUUGGAAGAUGGAAACUCCAAUACAUGAGGCGUGCCGGCUCGGAAAUGCAGGCAUAUUGCGCCUCCUGCUGGACAAGGAUCGUUGGGCUGCUUGCAAGCUCAACAGUGAGAACGAGACCCCUCUCUUACUGGCAUGUCGUCGGGGACAUCUUGACGUGGUGAGAAUGCUUCUGGGCGAGCCAGUGCUGCAGAUCUCGGAGUUUGAGGGUUCUUCUACUUGCCUGCAUCUUGCAGCAUCUGGGGGCUACACAGAAAUCGUUCGAGAUAUCCUCAAAGUGAGGCCUUAUUUUGCGUCGAGAUUGGACGAAAGGGGGAGGUCCCCAUUGCAUCUUUCUUCGAGGAAAGGGCACAUAGGAGCAACAAGUGAGCUGGUGAAGUUCGAUUCUGAUCUCUCACUUGUAGCUGAUAAGGAGGGAUGGACUCCUCUGCACAUGGCGGCCACCAAAGGAUCGGUGCAUAUCUUGUCUGAGAUCCUGUCCGUGAGUCGGGAGUCUAUGGCCAUGCUCACCAUCGCUGGCGAUAGCGUGCUCCAUCUGGGCGUGAAGAACAACCGCCUGGACGUGGUGAAGUAUGUGGUGGAGAACAUGGAUGUCUCGGAGAUUCUUAACUUGCGUGACCGGGGAGGCAACACCAUUUUACACCUUGCAGUAGCUGCAAAACUUCCUCAAAUGGUGAAGUACAUAGUUAGCAAGACACGGAUUGAUAUCAACAUGGUCAAUCUGGAUGGCCUUACUGCUCUUGACAUGGUGGGAGAUGAAGACAGAGUUGAUAAGGCACGUCAAAUGCGAACUGCACUUGAAAACGCCGGUGCCAAACAUUCCAGGGAAACUCAACAGGCAUUUACGCCGAACGUGCAGAGAACAGAAAUGGCGAGGGAGCGGAUCCCAAGUCCAUGCCACAGUCCUCCGCUGGACCUGCAGAAUAUAGCAACCCCAAAGGAGCGGGGAAUCUCCAGCCCUGGAGGCAGAUCGGCUUCCCCGGUGCCUUCCUGGUCCCAGCACCAGCAGCGGCCGAGGUCGAGGAAGAGUCACCUAAAGAACCACAGUGAAGGCCUAAGAAACUCACGCAAUACAAUAACAGUGGUGGCGGUCCUCAUCGCCACCGUGAGUUUUGCGGCCGUGAUCAGCCCUCCCGGCGGGGUAUACGACCAAGGCGACUUUGCCGGAAAGGCCAUCAUGGGUAACACAAAAGGCUUCAAGAUAUUCAUGGUCUGCAAUGACUUGGCCCUUUUCUCAUCACUCAGCACUGUCAUCAUCCUCAUCAGCAUUGUGCCCUUCCAGCGGCGCGUGCUGACGAAGCUCCUCUCAGUGACCCAGAGGGUGACGUGGGCAUCCGUCACCUUCAUGGUGAUGGCUUACAUGGCAGCCACGUGUGUGAUCUUGCCACGCGGACACAGCAGCAAGGGGAUGUUGGUGGCUCUUUACUCCAUAGGAUGGGGCACAAUUGGGCCUGUAUUUGUGGGGCUGUUUGUGUUGCUGGUUAGGCACUGGAUACGGAAGGAGGAACUCAAGAAAGGGAAAAGGAAGAAGCGCCACAGCAGCCGGAAGGCAAGCCAUUGCCGGCGUAUCUCCGACGAAGAGGCACAUGCCAAUUCAAGUGAUGAAUCAUUUAACUCCGAUGUCUUAAGCUCGGAGGUGGAAGGAUAUAGUGUACAUUAGCAAACCUGCAUCGGCUUGCUUUUAGCAAUGUAAAAUGUUAUUAAGACCAUUUGCUACGCUACCAUUCAUCAUUCUUGUUAAUGUAUAAAAACUGUC